AUUACUUGCGGCUUCCCAUCCUGAGAACGUGUUAAUAUAAUUUUGUAAUUUAUUCCUUGUGCUUACUUCCCGUUCUUUUGCAAAAUGUCUGGAUACACAGAGGAGUAUCUGAAGCAGAAGCUAAUCGAGAAGCUGCAAGCUACUCAUGUGGAAGUAAUUGAUGAAUCAGACGGUUGCGGUGGAAAGUUCAGCACCGUUAUCGUGUCCCCGCAGUUCCAAGGCAAAGCAAUCCUACAACGGCAUAGAUUAGUGAACGCUGCUUUGGCUGAAGAACUCAAAACCAUUCACGCAUUCUCGCAAAAGACCUACACACCCGAACAGUGGGCUGCAGAAGGUCAUUAGCAAAACUACAACUUACCAAAACCGUCGGUGUCCUUUUGCAA